AUGGCGGCGCCGGAGCCGGAGCCGGAGUCCAGGCACGAGACGGAAACCCCAGCACCGUCCCGCGAGCCGCCGCUGGAGCCGGUAGCUGACGCCGCCGCCGACCGGGCGCUCCAGCCGUGGGAGCAGCACGCUGCGGUGAUCAACCUCCCGCGCUACGACUACCGCGCGUCGGGCUCCCUCCUCCUCCGCUCCCACUCCGGUUUCCUCAUCACCUGUCCAAUCAAGCGGGAGAAAAGUGCAACCAAGGAAGCCAUUUCUAUUCUUGGAGAGUACAUUAGUCAUGCAAGCAGCCAUAGUUCUGAAAACUUGGAACCAUGUUGUAUGGAAGCUGCACCAAAGAAAAGAAAAUUAUGUUCUGAGGCUUCAGAAAUUGAACAUUCAGAAGAUACAGUAGCAAAUGGGAGAAGCGAUGCUUCAGAAUCGACUGGCUGCAUUGAAGUAGAAGCGAGUUCGUGUCACUCCAAGACAAGUGAAGAUGUUGAUAGGACUUCAAAUCUCUCAUUGGUUAAGUUAUCAAUGAGUGGUUUGCUUUUCUUUUCUUUCCCUAGUGGAGGCGUUCAUGUUAUUCAGAUGCUUACCGAAGUGUUUCAUUCACUGAGAUCUGGGAAGCUUAAAUCUCCACAAUGGUGUCACCGCAUAUUUCCUAUUCAGGAAACCUGUAUUCUGUCAGAAACAGAGCUACAUGCCACCGUAUCAAAGUUAUUCCUUGAUUUCUUCAAGAAUAAACGAGACCAACACGAACCUAUCAAGUUUGCAGUUGGCUAUAAUAGGAGAGGCAUUGAUGAAACUGUUACUAAGACUCAGAAGAAUGACGAUAACAGCUCAACUCAACAAGCUUUGAUGCAUAGGGAACAAUGUUUCAAGGUGGUUGCUGGUGCUAUCAAAUCAGUUUCUGAGGGUGCAAUUGUUGAUCUCAAAUCUCCUGAGGUGGCAAUACUUGUGGAGGUGCUACCAAUUUCUGGGGUACCCAUUGGAUCUUCGGUGGCUGGGGUAUCUGUUCUCCCAGCUGAACUCUUCUCGGCUAAGCCUCGUCUUUGUGUUAAGGCUUUGGUAUCUGAUACAAAAGCAAAGAAGAAGUGAUACACCGGUCCGAGUACAUGUAACGGCAAUGCGCAGAAGAAGCAAUUUUUUUCCCCAGCAUGCUCAUUUCAACUGUGCCGCAACUUGAGCCUCCUAUGAUCACCAAGCUUCACAAACGAAGAACUCUUACAUGUUGUUCUACUAUAAUUAUCACGAGGAUUUUCAGAAGCUGAUUGCCUGGUUCGGGGUAGGUCAAUUUGUAAGCUGCAGUUCUCGUCCAGUUCUUGUAGGCUAGCUUCGUGUCCUUUUUCUAGCGGCUGCAUCAUCAAAACUUAAAUUAACUUGUUGCUGGACCUGGACAUGAUGGUGUUUUCUCUGAAAUUUAUUUAAUAUUACUGUAUGACCAAUUCAGUAACAAAGCAUGAAUGUUGCUGAGGAAGCAGCUUCUUUCAUGCCUUUCUUUUUGUUUCGUCC